UUGGAAUAAAGAUGUAUGUGGGAUUUUGAUAAACAGUGACGUAUUGCUUGAAAGUGACCCUAAAAAAUUGAGUGAGAAUCGUGACUUGAGCUGUUUUUCCGCCCAGAAUUUUGCAUUCACAAGUGCAAUAGUAUCUUGGGCACACGUAGAUACUCGCGGUGUAAAAAUAUUUGUAUUUUUUCUUAAUGUUUUUCCAACAUUCUACAAAGUGAGAGUUUAUGGUUGUAGCAAAGUGAACUGCGCAUCUUACAUAAAAUAUAUAUAUCCACAUAACUAUGUACAUAUAAAAGAGAGAGAGAAAAAAAUCAAGUGCACAGACACUGUGAAUUAGUAUCAAUGCAAGAUGAUGUUUAGUGUGAAUUUUCAAAAUAAUAAUGCAGAAAAGCAAAUAAUCACUUGUUGAAUGUCAGGAUUGCACAAGUAUGUGUGUGUAUGUGUGAAGACGUCGAAUUAGAGCCACACCAAACCACUACACCUACACGACGAUUUUUCUCGCUACAAAAGUUUUUUUUUCGUCUCGUGCAACAAUCGCUCAAUGAGGGAGUUUUAAAUCAAACCCAAAGAAGUCUUUCAUUCGGACAGACAAUAAUCAUUUAGCAGAGUUUUGCAGUGCGUCCGGAGAACGUUGUUUGUGUGGUGUUGGAGGAAUAUUGCUGCCUUGAAUUUCCGCCCCGCGAAUCAGCGGAAAAUUUUUGGCAAAAUAAUAUCCGCGGGCGAGGUGUGUUGGUGAUCAAAUAGAAAACACACAAUAAAACAUUUUUACCUUAUUUUAAACACCAACACAUUGGGACGUGGUGAAAUCCAAAGAAACUAGAAAAAUGGUGAUUGGAUUGCAAGCGCUCGAAUUCACAGACUGUUUGCUCGAUACUCCGGAUUUUCGUGAAAAUCUCAGUAGGCAUGAAAAGGAACUGGAUAAAACGAGCCAGCAGAUCAAGAGGAUCAUCAAGGAAAUCAAGGACCUACUAACUGCUGCACGAAAUCUAUCACGGGCCCAGCGAGCACUCUCAAAGAGCCUGGGCGAAUUCAAUUUUGAAUUUAUUGGAUCAAAUCAGACGGAGGAUGAGCAAACGAUUGUUGCAAGCUUGGAGAACUUUAGCCAAUUGAUUGCGCAAAUUGAAGAAGAACGUGGAAAAAUUCUACAACAAACCCAAGAUGAAAUUGUCGGAGAUUUAGAGAAUUUCAGGAAAGAUCACAUUGGUGGUGUUAAGGAGAACAAAAAAACUUUCUGCAAGAAGACAGCCAAAUUUUGUCAAGCACAAGAGAGAUUUCUCAACAUGUCAACAAAAAAGUCCGACAACAUAAUUCAAGAGGCGGAUGCGAGUUUGGGAAUGCUCGAGAGGGAAUACCUGAGAGAGAGCCUAAGCUAUGUCCUACGUAUUCAGGAAGUUCAGGAACGCAUAAAAUUUGAAUUUGUUGAGACAAUUUUGAGAUUUAUGUCUGGUUGGUUACUUUUCUAUCAUCUUGGGCAUGAAAUAUCUGAAGAUUCCAAAGAAUAUAUAAAGGAUCUUCAACUUAAAGUACAAAAGACGAGAGAAAAUUUUGACGAAACUCGAACAAAAGCUGAAGAAUUAAAAGCCAAAUACAUGGACAGUAAAAUGAAACCCGAGACGGAAUAUACCAAACAAGGGUAUCUAUUCCUCCUGGAAAAGAAAGCAUUUACGGCAACAUGGUCUAAGUAUUACUGCACAUACAAGAAGGACAAAAAGCAAUUUUCGAUGGUGUUCUAUAAUCAGAUAUCCGGCCGAACGGAAGCCCAAACGGAGAUCUAUAAUCUUCUAUCGUGUACAAGGAGAGCUUCGGAUUUUGAGAAACGCUUUUGUUUUGAUCUCACUUUUGAGCAGAAGCCCGGUAUUGUUUAUACAUUUCAAGGGUUAAGUGAAGAAGAUCGUAAAUCAUGGCUUAAUGCAAUGGAUGGCAAAGAACCGACCUACUUAACACCAGGGAAGUCACAACCAAGUGAUGAGUAUCACCUGGAUGACGUUGGUUUUGCAUUUGUUAGAAAAUGCAUUGAAAUUUUGGAAAAUAGAGGUCUUGAAGAAGAGGGUCUAUACCGUAUUGGUGGGAUCGGAACAAAGAUAAAUAAGAUCUUGUCAUUGGGUAUGGAUAGGAAGAAAAAUGAAAAGGAACGUUUCUCAUUCAUCACAGAUGAUCAGCACAGUGAUCUGCUUGAAAGCAAAACUAUAGCGAGUGCAUUGAAGCAUUAUCUGCGAAAUUUAAAUGAACCCUUGAUGACUUUUAGGUAUCACAAAGAUUUCAUAGCGGCGGCAAAAAUGGAUACUCGUAUUCAACGACUGAGUCAAGUUCACACCUUAGUCUAUAGACUACCCAAAUCCAACUUUGAGAUGCUUGAGAUUGUUAUUCGCCAUCUGAAGGCUGUUUCAAUGAAAUGUCAUAAAAACAAAAUGUCAGUAUUCAACUUGGGUGUUGUUUUUGGACCUACCCUCCUGAGAGCUGUGUCGGAGACUGUUGCCUCAAUUCUUGACAUUAAAUUCAACAAUGUGGUCAUUGAAAUUCUCAUUGAGAAUUACGAUUUGAUAUUCAAAACCUCCCCAGGACGACCAAAUGAUUAUCUUUUGCAUUCCAAUCAACCGGAAACUAUUCCACGGGGUCAGUAUCACGGUACACGGUACUCACAGCAACCACUUGUGCGUGUUGUUACCAAAUCCAAUUAUACGGAUCCGGUGAUGUCAUCAAGUUUACAAAAUAUCCCCAAUGGGAUGAUGCUGUACCAAAAUAAUAGUCCAAUGAGUAUUCCUGGGUCGUCAUUUCAUCAAAAGUACGAAUUGAAAUCCUCAACGGGAUCAUCCCAAUCGACACAUUCCCUCCCACAUCAAGAAGUAAAACUUUCCCCGCGGGAAAUAGCAAUGAGCACGGCAAUUAGGAAUUCCACUCGUGGCCAGGAGCCACAUCAGUCGAAUCAUCACAGUUAUACCAAUGUUCGGAAAGUGAGAGAUCUCAGCCGUGAUGCAAAAGCCCCAGCUGGAAGGACAACCAAUGGGGAUGAGGUAUAUGAAGCAACAAAACGCCUCAAUGCAAUGACGUACAGCGAAUCAAAUCUUAUUCAACCACGGGAGAUUGCCAUUGUUGAUCGCAUGAAUUCAACAAGUAGCUCCAAUGAGUCCGUGUGUUCGACACCGAGUCGUGAUCUCAUGUUUUACACAGGAAAAAGCCAUAUAGAACCCACGGCAACUAAUUCAGCAACAGCAGAAUGGCCCUAUUCACAUCAUACCACACAACAAAAUAACACUAGUCAAAAUGUUGUACCAAAGAAAAAUUAUGCAAGGAAUAGAUAUCAUGGCAAUCAUAAAGAUAUCCUAUGGAAUGAUCAAGUACGUGUCCGAACACUCUACGCUUGUAUGGCGGAGAACGAUGGAGAGCUGUCUUUUGAACCAAAUCAAAUCAUUACCAAUGUAAAACCAUCAAGCGAGGCUGGUUGGUUGGAAGGGACAUUAAACGGCAAGUCUGGGCUUAUUCCACAAAAUUACGUUGAAUUAAUACCAUGAGAUAGAGCGUGGGUGUCCAAGUAGUAGCAGUUUUCGACGUAGGGGCAUUUUGAAACUAUCACAGAUAUUAAAAACCUCCGAGUAAGUUAUUAAAUCCACCUUGUUUUCAAAAAUUAUAUUUAUAUAUUUACAACAAAGAAAAGGUCGAGUGCAUUUCUUACAUUGAAAACUGUUGCUUCCUAAUAAAUUUUAUUAUUGUUACUAUUAUAUACUCUACUUAAAUGAAAAAAAAUCUAAGCACCAGUCUGCAAAAGGGGAAUAAAACUUUUUUUUCUAUUCUAUUUUAAAUUUAAAAAAAAAAGAAUACAUUUCGUGCAGUUUUGUUUAUGCCUUUAGUAAAAUUUUCUGUCAACUACAAAAUAUGGAAUACCAACUAAAUUCUUGGGGAUACGUGAAAUAAAAAUGCAAUAGCAAUUAAAAUGAUAUAUAGAAGAACUUUUUUACUUAUUAAUCCAAACAUUUAGAAGUAAAAACAAUCCCAUACAAUGCUAUAUAAAAUAUCCAAAACAAUUAACAUAUCAAAGACAUUUCUAUAAUAAUUAUUACUUUAUCAAAAAAAUGAAUAGAUACGUAUACACAAAAUAUAUAUCUAAUCCUAUGUUUUUUAUGUGAUUAAAAUUGUGGGUAUUCUCAUUAAUCAAUCAGCAUUGCAUGUUUUUUUUAUCUAAUCUGUUUAAUUUGUUAUUUCUUCUGUUUUUGUUCUUUUUUUUUCCUUAAAUCUUUUGCCAUAUGAAACAUCAGCCAUUCAAAAUGCAUUAACCAGGGGGUAGACAAAGCCCUUUUUUACCCGAACACAGCAAACAAUGGCGGACGGUUUGCAGAGAAAUUAAAGGAAGAAAAUGACGUCACUUUAUUUCCAAAAAGUGCAUCAAAAUUUUUAAAAUCAGUUUUAGUGCAUUAAUCUUCGUGAGACACCCCUCAAAAGCUAUCAAUCGAUAGAAUAUUAAAUUAUCUAUCCAGUGGUGGUGGAUUUUUUCAGAUUGAAGCAUUUUCCUGGGUGUCUCAGCCAAUGAGCAGUGAAUUCCUAUGGAAAUAGAGUCUUUGUCUACCCCCUGGCAUUAACAGAUAUGAAAAAAAACUUUUAAUAAAACUGUGAUAAUGUCAUGAAAAACAUCGUAUUUUCUGCGUUGAAUACUAAAAAAAAAAAUUCCAAAUUUGUUUUUUUUUAUCAUAAGAUCUACGAAACACACACAGAUUUAAUAACACACAUACAUAAUGUACAUUAAAUGUAUAUGUAUAGGGGCGCGUGAACCUAGCUAGAAAUUAUGAAAUAAACUUUAUAUAAAGCAACAUAAUUAAGUUGCCAAUUAUUCUUUUUACUUUUAGGUGGAUUUAGCUCUAUUUUUACAUUCACAUUAAUUUUUUUUUUAAAUAAUCUCAAAGAGAGAAUUCAUUCCAUAUAGGUGUAUUAUUAUUUAAAAAUUCUCCACAUUCUAAAAAAAAUAUUAUAAUGCAAAAAAAUAAUAAUGAGUACGAAUUGUAAUUACAUAUUCCUACAUAUACAUCAAGAAAAUCCAUCUAAAGACUUAUUAGCUAAAUCCCCUAACGAUAUCCUCUAGAUCUAAAUUUUUGUCCCAAGUCAUUUUUAGCCUAUCUUGAUGCUGAAAAUUUACUAAAUUUUUUUAGAAGUGAUUCUAUCCUUGAAGAAGCCCAAAAAAUACUUUUUUUUUUCAAUAGUAAAAAUCAUUUUAUAGUAAAAUUAAAAAUUAGCUGUUCCGUUAAAAAAAAUUAACAUUGAGUGUUAAAAGGGACCAUCAUACAUGAACCCACACAUUUCUUUUAUUAUAUACCUAUACCUAUUUAUAAUUGGGAGCACACUAAAGAAGAAUUAAUUACCAAUGUGUAAAUAUAAUUUUUUUAUAAAUGAAAAAAAAUCAUCUUUACAGAAAAAUUUGUGUGCAGUUUUUGUAAAGAUAUAAUUCAUCUUGUUUGUAAGAAUAUUGUACAUUAAAAAAAAAGCUAAAUAUAUUUAUAAGGUGUAUAAAAAAAAAUAAUGGGAAUUAUACAAAUGCAAACUGCUAUAUAUAAUGAGAAUAUUAAUAAAAAAAAAUGAUAACUUUUUAUUUUUCAUUUUAUAGCAAAUAUUAUUGAAAAAGUGUCUUUACUUUUGUUUAUAAGAAAAAAAAAUCAUUUAAAAAUGUAUUUGUAUACUUAAAAAGAAAUAAAAAAACUGCAAAAUAAUGGA